AUGGUUGCGCCCGCCGUGCCCGAGCUAACCGAGGAGGUGCUCCAUGAGGCAAUUGACGCCCGUACCGAUUCCCUUGUCUCCCUGCGCGAGCUGGGCCCGCCCGAUCUUGUGCAUCUUGUGAAACAGCAGCUCAGGAGUGGAGGAAAACAGGUUGGCGUCUAUCACCAUGUCACAGGCGUGGAUGCAUCGUCGUCCGCGAGUCUCGCCGCCUACAUCAAUACCCUAGCUUACAGGGAGUUCGGACCUUCCGCCACCAGCAAGACCCUCGAGGGAACCUAUUGCUGUUACAAUGCCUUCUCUCGGGUCGACAUGCGCGUUCACGCCCCCUUUCCCGGUUCGGUAGAGAGUUACUGCGUCGACGAGCGGGGCGAAAAGCGCAAGGCUACCGACGAGCUCUGGCUCGAAACAUACCUCUGUAGCGUCCUCCGCGCUUACUCCUACGCCGAUGACGGUACCGGCGAGACCAUAAGGAAGAUCAUUGGCGUCCGGCGGUUCAACCCGGUGACCAAUACGGAGACGGAACAACGCUUCCUCAGCGCGGCAGAACACAUGUUCUUUAGGGGCUGGCAACUUGGGUCGGACUCCGUUGUUCAGGUGCCAAACGUUGUCUCGAAUCACCUCACAGCUGGCCUCCUUCGAUACUUCCACACGACGGGUCGAUAUGCGUCAGGAAUUAACUUGUUCGAGAAGCUGCGGACCCAAAACGUCGAAGUCGCCGCUCUUCUCGCCAAGGUCUUGUUCAUGGGCAACGAAGAGGUCCAGGGGAUACGCAUUCUCUAUGAUGCCCUGAAGCAGUCGCCCAUGGACUACGUCAUGCUGGACACACAAUCCGAAUUUCUGUUGAAAAAGGCCAAAGGCUCGGCCUCACCCGACCAAAAGGACGACAGACUGCGCUUGGCUCUCGGUUGCGCGGACCGCAGCACCAUCGCUGCGCCCAGUGAGUUUGGCACUUGGGCCAGGCUAGCUGAGGUGUAUGUGGCCAUGGAGGACUGGGAGAAUGCGCUUACAACGCUCAACUCAUGUCCCAUGUUCACCUAUCAAGACAAGGAUGCGCCUGUCAUGCCGGAACCUAGAGACAUCCACCUCCCAACUCUUCAGGAGACAAGAUUGGAUGAGAUCGACAGUGAACCCGAGUCCCGGUACGCGGAGCAGGUGGACCCGAGUCUGCUAAACCUCCGCGCAGCUGCUUACCGCGGGACAUUUAAGCAUGCCUAUAGCAUCCUGACGGAGAUGACUUCCAAAAUUGGUUGGGACCAGUUGCUGAAGAUCAGGAGCAACGUGUUCGUGAUGGAAGAUGAAUACCGCGAGAAACAGGAAUCAACAACAACGUACCCUAAAAACAGGAAUGCUAGCACGGACGCUCUCCGCGGAACCCCAGACCCUACGACUAAUGGACCUGAGCCAAGCGCUGAUAAAGGAAAGGAAAAGGCGGUCGAUGAUGAAUCCGGUGCGCAGACACUUUCUCCCGGCGCCGGCGAGAACAUUGAGCGGCCCUCGAGCGCUGUGGAUCCAGCUGAAGUGAAGAAAGGCGAUGACAGCGGGUCCAAGGAUGACCAUUUCUCCCGCUUGAAUAACAAGCGUCUUUGCGAACGCUGGCUCGACAGCCUGUUCAUGGUGCUCUACGAGGACCUGCGCGUCUACACCAUUUGGCGUACACAAAUGGCACAGUACCGGGCUCAGAGCAUGCAAUACAAAAAGUCGGCCGAGGAAUGGGAGAUACUUGGCUCGCUCGCUGAACGCCUGCAGCACGUCGACGAGGCCGUCGAGGCUUACCGCGCCUGUCUCGCGCAACGGUUCAGCCCCCGCGCAUUGGCCGGCAUCCUCAAGGUUUUCGAGAAGAACAAGGCCAGCACUCGCGACACCGUGGCCGCCACCAUCAGGCUUGUAACAUGGCAGUACAGGUGGUACAGCGAGUUUUCGCCCGAGCUGCUGCACACGAUCCGCAUGCUCAUUGAGGACGAGGGCGCUGUCAAAGUCCGCAGCAUUAUCCAGGCGACCAACUUACCACAGAACGUGCUCGACUUGACGCAUCAUUACGCUGCGCUUUGUGCGACCUUCAGGAGCAGUGGAACUGACGGCUAG